GAACUCGAGGUCUCGGCUGCAAGAAGGCCCGUCCGCAAUCCCUGCCGCCACGUGUGGCAGCCACCGCCCCAGCCACUUCCCAGACGGUCCCUGCAGCCGCGACCGCGCUCGCCAGCCGCUGACUGGGGCCACUCGGCAGGGGCUGAGACGGAUUGGAUUUGUCCUGCGGCUCAGCCGCAGCUGUGCUCACGGCCAAGAGAACAAUGAAGGACUGCAAUCACAGAUGCUCCGCAGAAUGUCCGAGAGAAGGAGGAUCAAAAGGGGUGGUGGAGACUUUUAAGGCUAAAGAUCUAAUAAUCACACCAACCACCAUUUUAAAAGAAAAACCGGACCCAAAUGGCCUGGUUUUUGGAACUGUUUUCACGAAUCAUAUGUUGACAGUGGAAUGGUCCUCAGAGUUUGGAUGGGAGAGACCUCAUAUCAAACCUUUUCAAAACCUAUCAUUGCAUCCUGGCUCAUCAGUGCUCCACUAUGCCGUGGAAUUAUUUGAAGGAUUGAAGGCAUUUAGGGGUGUAGAUAAUAAAAUUCGACUGUUUCGACCAAAUCUCAACAUGGAUAGAAUGUACCAAUCUGCUGUGAGGGCAACGUUGCCGGUAUUUGACAAAGAAGAGCUUUUGGAGUGUAUUCAACAACUCGUGAAAUUAGAUCAGGAAUGGGUCCCCUAUUCGACAUCUGCUAGCCUAUAUAUCCGUCCUACAUUCAUCGGGACUGAGCCCUCGCUUGGAGUCAAGAAGCCAACCAAAGCUCUGCUCUUUGUAAUCUUGAGUCCGGUGGGACCUUAUUUUUCAAGUGGAACCUUUAAUCCAGUGUCCCUGUGGGCCCAUCCAAAGUAUGUAAGAGCCUGGAAAGGUGGAACUGGAGACUGCAAAAUGGGAGGGAAUUAUGGCUCAUCUCUUUUUGCCCAAUGUGAAGCAAUGGAUAAUGGGUGUCAGCAGGUUCUGUGGCUCUAUGGAGAGAAUAAUCAGAUAACCGAAGUUGGAACAAUGAAUCUUUUUCUUUACUGGAUAAAUGAAGAUGGAGAAGAAGAACUGGCAACUCCUCCGCUAGAUGGCAUCAUUCUUCCAGGAGUGACAAGGCAGAGCAUUCUGGAUCUGGCACGCAAGUGGGGUGAAUUUAAGGUGUCUGAGAGGUACCUCACCAUGGAUGACUUGACCACUGCUCUAGAGGGGAGCAGAGUGAGAGAGAUGUUUGGUUCUGGUACAGCCUGUGUUGUUUGCCCAGUUUCUGAUAUACUAUACAAGGGUGAGACCAUACACAUUCCAACUAUGGAGAACGGUCCUAAACUUGCAAGUCGUAUUUUGGACAAACUGAAUAACAUUCAGUAUGGAAGAGAAGAGAGCGACUGGACAAUCAUAGUAUCCUGAAUGAGAAACACAGAAUAUCAUCUUUAUGCCGUUAGGACAGACUGGUGCAUUUGAAUUAUGAUAGAUUUCUUUGGCUACCUUUUUGUAGUUGUGCAUAAAGUAGUUUGUAUUAUUGGUGUGUUACCAGGGUGAUUGUUUCCUCAUGCCAGAGACAAUGAAUUGCAAUCAUAAAAUGAUGAUUUCUAAACUUACUUUACCUUCUCUUAGAAAGACUAUAAUGUAAGCUAUAUAACAUAGAAUUUUCCUCAAUAAUUUUAGUGCCUCCCUUAGUACUUAGAUUCAGAGAUGUUCGUUCAUUUGUUCUUUAGCAUAAACUGUGUUCUUCUGCUCAACCAAAUGAGAUUUUUUUGUGUUUAAAGCUGAUUAAAUUUCAUAGGUAACAUUUCCUGUGAUGCAUCUUUAUCCCCAGAAGGUGUUUUCUGCUUGCAUUUUUAUUUUCUCUCUGCUCUAUUCAAUAGUCCUUUUUAAAAACCAGAGUUCUUCUCUUCACUUUUUUUUUUUUUUG